AUGAACACCCUGGAAGAUGCUCAUACUUGUUCACACUGUCAAGAUAUAAAGCUUGAUGGUACUGGGAUCGAGCUGCCUGGGAGAGGCCUGCUCCUUCGACAGUUAUUCCAAUUCGACUACAUUGAUGUCAGCGCAUUCGCCACAGUUUGCCUACUUUUCUGUUGGUGCCUGCGACUCGCGAUACGGGACAGAUUGGAUCUGAAUCCUACUCACAAAGUGUCGUUCUCUGUGAACACGGAUUCAGAGGACAUUGCACAUCUCUACGUUCGCUGGGGGGAUGAGUCAGGCCAGGCUUUGGCGACGGGCGACGUCGAUAAUGAUACACCACUGUAUGUGUUCCCCAACAAGGAUGACCCUUCUGCUACACACAUUAGUGCAAGACCUAUCAACAUGUUCAAAGGGAGGCCAGAGGAUCUGCAGCGCUGCCGACUAUAUCUCAAAGAAUGCUUGGGCCAUCCAAAGUGUAUCAAUGCUGCUAACACAGCGAGACAUUGUAUUGCACCUAAGCGACUCUUGGACGUGCAAGAGUAUUCGAACGCGCGAUUGCAUAGCAUUCCACCAGGAGACCACCCUCGAUAUGUGGCAUUGAGCUACUGCUGGAGAAACAAGCAACCAGAGCAAGUCAAGACCAAGAAAGCCAAUUUGCAGUCCCGACACGAUGUGACCAAUCUGUCUGGGUUCCCACAGACGAUACAAGAUGCUGUCCGAGUAUGCUGUUCGCUCGGAUUCCAUUACAUUUGGAUCGACGCUCUCUGUAUCGUUCAAGACGACGAUGAAGAAAAGGCAUCAGAGAUCGCCAAUAUGGCAAGCAUCUAUCGGGGCGCAGCGCUUACAAUCGGCGCUGCAAGCGCAGCUAACAGCACGGACGGCUUCCUUCAAGCCCGUACAUUCGAACAAGCGUACAGCAAAUUGUUUCGCAUACCGUACUGUUACAAGCAAGACAAUCACAUCACACGAGGGUGGGUAUUCCUGUCCGAGCUACCAAUAAGUGACAUAUAUCAAGAACCCCUCGACGAUCGAGGCUGGGCAAUGCAGGAAGACAUGUUAUCUCUCCGCCUACUGAGAUUCGGAUCAAAGCAAACAACGUGGAGGUGUCCGACCUAUCCCGAAAGUCUCAACAUAUGUGACGGUGGAAGUUGCCCUAUCAGGGAAAACGAAGACCCGGACUUUGAUGUUCACGAUCCGAGUCGGAACGCUGAAGUGCGGUCAAGAAUGCUCGAGGACGGUCUUCUGGUAUUGUCAAAUGUGUACGGAAGCUGGCAGAGAAACAUCGAACGAUACACCCUUCGAAAACUCUCAGAAGCAAGCGAUAGAUUGCCGGCUUGUGCAGCUCUGGCUGAUAACUGUGGCGAGAUAAUGGGGUUGCAAUCUUCCGAUUAUCUUGCCGGGUUGUGGAAGCCUGAUCUCAUGGUGCAGUUGCUGUGGUGUCGGGCCAAGCUACCCGAUGUCCCGGUCACAGAUUCGCCAACAUAUUUCGGACCAACUUGGUCAUGGGCAUCUCUCAAUGCGCCAGUUUGGUUCUUCGAGCGUUACCUAACGCUAUCUAAUCUUACUGUGAAAACAGAAGCCCAAUACAUCGACAGUCAGAUCAAGCACAAGUUCGAGCAAUCCCCGUACGCCGAGGUGGAAAGCGGUCGCCUUGUUCUUCAAGGUCGGCUUCGACAAGCGCACUGGCUAGGGUUUGUUCUUGUAGCAUCUUCCAGAAUACUGCCUGUCGAUAUAACGUGGGACAUCGCUGGUGACGAACAUCCGGAUAACGUUUGGUGUUUCGAAGUUGUUGGCUCUUUCCUCACUGUGGGUUUGAUCCUCGUCAAAAAGGGACACGAGGCUUUCCAGCGUGUUGGCUACUUUGAGUGCAGUGGUGAGAAGGAACAUGCAUUGAUACAAAAGUGGUUCCGCAAGAAUGAGCCAAAGAUAAUUUCAAUUGAGUAG